UUCCCUCCCUCACGCCGGCCAGACAUCCCUUCCGGCGGCGUCACCAGGUAGAGAGAGACUCGCAAACACCUGGACGCACACCUCACCUCACCUGACUCACCCGGCGCACACCUUGACCUUCCCUCCUGAGCCGUCGAGCGCAAUCUAAUCAAGAAUGCGUUGGUGGCAGGCGUGGGCGGCGGCGGCGGGGGUGGUGGUGGCGGUGAUGCUGGCAGCGACGACAGCGGUGCCUCCUCCUGCGGGCGUUCUUCAGCACCAUGAGCCCGCGGAGGCCGAGGCGGAGGAGGAGCCGGUGCUGGCGCGGACCAAGAGACAGCAGCCCACCGACCCGGAGAACGCAGUCGAGGAGGAGAAGGAGGCGGAGGAGGAGGCGGUGGAGGUGCCUAUCCCGCCACCGCCACCACCAACACCACGGCCGACGAGCCCUCCCCGCCAAGACCGCCCAAGGCCCGCGCUGCGCCCCUUCCCCCCCGCCCGGACAGACCAGGGCAGGCGGGGGCGGCAGGAGAGCGAGGCCGCCCCUGAAGAUUCUGAAUUGUGUGACUUCGGCAGCAGCCCAACCCAGUCUCUGUGCGAGUGGACCAACCUGGAUGUGACGCAGCUCAAGUGGCAACCGUCCACGGGGGAGAGCGCCUACUGGGUGGGCGGGCCGAGCGUCGAUGUGUCCUACGGCGACAGCCAGGGCGGCUACGCGGUGUUCGAGACGUCCCAGGUGCCAGUCAGGGUGAUCGGCCAGUCCCCCUUCGAGUCGGCGAUGCUGAUGUCCCCCAUGAAGGAGUCCACGGGGGCCAAGGGCAUGUGCGUCAAGUUCUGGUACUCCAUCGCCGGCCUCAGCCCCGACAGGAUCCGCGUCUUGCUGCACCCGAUGGCGGACAACAUGAGCGUGAGCGUGCCCGUGGACGAGGCAAUGCAGGGCUACGACGGCAGCGAGGACGUGGUGCUGUGGGAGGCGCGGGACAUGACCAACGGGGAGUGGAAGGAGGGCCAGAUCGUCUACACCUACGGAAAGAAGCAUUCGGUUAUCUUCGAGGCCAUACCUGUGGACAGCGGGGACAGCAGUCGGCGCUUCAGGGGCUACGUGUCUCUGGAUGAGCUGUCGUUCACGCCGUCCAAGGAGUGUGGGGCGUUCUGCACCUUCGAGGGCGGAACGUGUGGGUGGACGCAAGACACCAACGAUGACUUUGACUGGAAGUUGAGCCGCGGCAGCCUCAACCCCAGCACCGGGCCGCCGCGAGACCGCUCCUCCUUCGCCAACGGGGGCAUGAUGGGCGGCUACGCUUUCAUCGACUCCAGCUUCCCUCGGCGCCCCGGAGACACGGCGAGACUCAUGAGCCAGGAGUUCCAGGGCACCGACCCGGACCGGCCGCUGUGCAUGCGCUUCUGGACCCACAUGUACGGGAACGGCAUUGGGUCGCUACGUGUGGUGAUCUACGACGUGAACACCGCCCAGGACACCAUCAUUUGGAAGAUCUCCGGCGAGGCGGGGAACGCGUGGUACCAGGGUCAGGUGCCCAUCUCCUCACCCUCCCCCUUCAAGAUCGUGUUCGGGGGCGAGGUGGGCGCCAACAACCUCGGGGACAUCGCUAUUGACGACAUCUCCAUCAUCCAGGGCGCGUGUCCUAGUGCACCUCAAGUGGCGGCCGGCCAGACUGGUGACUGUACCUUCGAGGUGGACGAGUGUGGCUGGGUAAGUCCGGGCCCUCGCGAGCGUCUGGACGAGAUGGACUGGGUGAGGACGGUGGCCGCCGACAACCGCGCCCCGCAGCGGGACCACACUCUGGGCACACUACAAGGGUUCUACAUGACGCUGCCGCGGGGCUCCGUGCAGCGCGGCGGGGACCGGGCGUGGCUGGUGUCCCCCACCAUGAAGGGCUCCGAGGACGCCAUGUGCCUCGCCUUCUGGUACUUCAUGUACGAGCCGUUCAUUGACCCGUCCGGGCCGUCCCUCGGGUCGCUGCUGGUGCACGAGCGGUACGAGAGUCAGGAGGGCGACAUCGUGACGCGGCCGCUGUGGUCCCUCAAGAACCACCAGGGACCCAACUGGAUAUACGGCCAGGCCAGGCUGCAGAACGACCAAGACUUCGUGGUGGUGUUCGAGGGGAUGUGGGGGAGCAGCCGCGCCAACGGGUUCAUGGCGCUGGACGACAUCACGAUCUUCCGCGGCGACUGUUCAACCUUGCCGCCGAAGGGAAGCACAUCCGGCGGCGACUGUUCCUUCCAGCACAGCGCCUGCCAGUGGAAGAACAUCACCUCGGACUCCGACUUCCGCUGGACCACCGCCUCCAUCUCGCGCCGCCCCGCCAACCUCCCCGACCACACCUUCGGCGGCCCCAUCGGCUACGCAUACUUCGACGUCUUCAACCAGAACGCGCGGCCGCAGACCCUCAGCCUGCUCUCCCCGCCGCUGGACAAGAGUGAGGACAACGCGCCCGUCUGCCUCACCUUCUGGUACGCCUACUUCGGCGCCUCGGACACCACGCGCCUCAAGGUGGUGCGCGAGUCCUACGAUCGCGGCGCGGCGGACGAGGCCCAGCGCUUCGGCGGGGCCAUUGUGCUGUGGGAGUUAGUGGGCAACCUCGGACGGCAGCGACCAGAGUGGCAGUUCGGGCAGGUGGAGGUGGACGCCUCGGCCGACUACCGCGUCUCGCUGGUGGGCAUGGCGAGCAACGGCGGCUUUGCUAUCGACGACAUCAAGAUAUUCCCAGGAUCUUGCAGCUUGAGACCUGAGAACGCAGACCCCUCAACGGGAGCCACAACGGACGAGCUUCCCAUGGACAUCUAGACCCGCUCCGCCCUGCCAAGACCCCGAGACCCCGCCCCGCCAUGACCCCGCCCCGUUAGCCACUGCAAGGAGGGUGACCGGCGUGACAUGGAGAGGACUGACGGGGCGGGCCGCGGCGACGACGAUCCAGGCCCAUGUCUUCACGUUCUUCAUUUGUUUUUUUUAUCACUGAUGUGCAAUAAGAGUUAAUGCAGUGAUGGUGUAGUGUAGAGUAGCACAGCACAUCUUUUUUUAUCACUGUACUGAGACUCUGAAGCAUGGUGAGUUCAAUGCAACCGAGAUGAACGUGAUAAGUAUACGGUUAGAAUGUGGCCUCCGAAUUUGUGACACAACCUUUUAAUCAUUGUACUGAGACUCUUUACCAAGGUGUGUCCGAUACAACCGAGAUGAACGUGACAAAAACGGUUAGUAUGUGGCCACCGAAUGUCCAGCACAACCUUUCUAUCACUGUACCAAGAUGAACGUGACAAAAACGGUUAGUAUGUGGCCACCGAACGUCCGGCUUGCGAGUGUCGGCGAGGAUUACAUAUAUAUUGUUUGAGCGGCCGCCUCCGUGUGUCGCCUGCCUCCAGCGUCCCUCAGGAGCAAGGAUGCCACGUUAUCGUACUCACCAUACUGGAUUUUCCUAUUUCUGACGCAUAACGAUUAAAAAAACCCUCUAUAAUUAACAUUUUUAGCAAUAACUUGAAAUGGGUAUCGUUAGUUUUAUGGAUGCGACGGUUUUUAGUCUGAAAUAGGCGAAUAUAAGAAGCUGGGUACGACAAUCUGGCAACGUUGCUUAGGAGCCUCUGGUGCUGGCCUCACACCUCGUGCUGGCCAGCCUUUGAAUUAUCAUUACAUUAUUGCCGCUGCCUGCACCUCACGAUGAUGGAGAGGCGAAGAGAUAGUUUAUUUGUGUGAGAAAAUAUAGCCAAAUACUUUAACCCUUUGACUGUGGAUUUCCUACAAGAAGACAUCACCAAGCUACAGGAAUGGAACAAAAAGUGGCUGCUACAAUUCAAUGAAGAAAAAUGUAAAGUCCUGCAUUUGGGAGGGGAUAUCCUGCAUACCAAUACCACAUGGGAAACACUCCACUAUCCACCACAGAGGCAGAGAAAGACCUGGGACUAUAUUUUACCAGGCUACCAGUGAAGGCAAAAUCCGUGCCAAUCGCAGCGGACGGGUUAAACUCUUAGCGUAUUUUCAGAAUCCUAAAGAUCACAAGCCAACGUGUCACUCUCUGAGCCCCGCCGUGGGUGUUACCUGGAAACACGGUCACGUACACACCUGGACGACCUGAACCCAACCUGCCGUGACACACCAAAACUCCUAUAUUGUGGCGUGUUUGCUUGGUGGUUACUUUUUUUCACACCCAUAAAAUCAACAAAACAACAGCGAAACAGAAAACAAAAACGCAUCAGCCACCCUUGCAGUGCAGCGCCAAGUUUUCAGAACACCAAAACUCCUAUAUUGUGGCGUGUUUGCUCCGUGGCUACUUAUUUUUACGCCCAUAAAAUCAACAAAACAACAGCGAAACAGAAAACAAAAACGCAUCAGCCACCCUUGCAGUGCAGCGCCAAGUUUUCAGAACAAACGGACUAGCCAAGAGUACAUUAAAGAAUCGAGAAACAAACCCGUGGCAUUAUAGUUCCUGUAGUGCAACAAGUCCACUUUGUCAGUACGGGCCAACGCUGUGCCGGCUCGGGAUUGACUCUUGAGACGCGUGUGUAGCGAGCGGCCCGGACGGCGCUCUCCGCCCCAAGCCCAGAACCUUUCCUUAGAGCCCCACGUGAAGCAAGAGUGAGGACUUUAUACUCUCAUUCUGUCUCUCUUCCACUCUUUUCUCUCUUUCUAUAUCUUUUCAUUUUCUUUUUCUCUCCUUUUCUUUCCCUCUCUUUUUCCUUUUCUCUUCCUUUAUUUAUUUUUCUUUCUCUUUCUCUUUCUUUUUUC